GGACACAUCUGGCGCAUUCUGCAAUGAUGCUCUCCCGCCGUUACCCAUCAGAGCGCUCGUGGCGAGCGCGUCGCGCGGCUUUCUCACCAACUCGAACAGAGGCCACCGCAUUUAUCGGAAGGUGGCGGGGACCCUGUGCCAGCGCGCUCGCGAGGAGCUCGGGGCUGCAGGCCUCUUCUGGUCGAGGGCUGCCUGGGAUGGGAGCCUGCGCGCGGCGAUGGCUGGUCUCAAGGCGCUCGCGGGCACUGCAGACGCGGGCCUGGAACAGGGCUUAAAAGAAGUCUUGACUUUGAUCACGCAGGCCCACCUGGAGGGGCUGCGGCGACCAGCAAGCGCCUCCCGUGGAGCUCACAAGACUGCCGCAAGCCGAGCGCACCCGAGCCGAGCGGCCACAAAGCAGGCCUGGUCCCCAGCUGGUGGCGCAUCAAGGAAAGCGAGGGAAGCAAGAGAGGAACUGGCCACCUACCUCUUUGGGGACAAGGUUCCAUACGGCCUCCUCUGCAAACACUGCAGCUCUCCCGCGAUCUUUGCGCGGCGGGGGGGCAAGGUAGGGGGCGGCUUCGAGUGCUUCUGCAAGAAGCAUUAUGAGCAAAAGAAUCCUGGCAAUCCUGGCUGCUUCGAGUUGGAGAAGACUCGGGCAGAGUGGGCACGUGUUUGCGAAGUGCGCAAGGCGAAGGCAGAGCUGGCGCAGGCGCUUGACGAGGACACGGAGCUGAGGAGGGAACACGUAUGCGACGGAUAUCAGCGUGACAGUUUCUGCUGGGAUGCGACUCCCAAGAGCAGGAACCUGAUCGCAAAGCUUCUGCUGAUCGGUGGCAUCGAAAGCAAUCCCGGGUGGCCAGCGUCCCAGUCACAAGGGAACGAGAACAAGGACGGACCUGCACCCAAUGUCAGCCUUCGUCGUCCGCUUGUGAUUCUGCCCUCUCGAGAGGACGUCGAACGGAUAUGGCAGCCAGAAUGUGAUGAGCGCGGUGUUCCUGAGGAGUUCCUGGAGUAUCUGAAGAGGAAGCAACAGAUGAACCCCAGCCUUGCAAUCCACGAGGGGAGGCCUGCCCCUGAAAAGUGUGAUCGCGGGGUGAAUAAGGGCAUCGCCCGGUCUGAGUUUUCGGGGGAGAAGCCGAGUGCAAACAAGACGCAAGACGACAAGGAGCUCGACCAUCAAGACAUGGUAGAAAAGGGCCCCUUCACUGCCUUGGUGGAAAGCAGCUCCGCUGACGAAGGGAGCCAGCUGUCGACUUCAGUGAGAGGGAUUGCUCGCGUUGCUGAUGAGAGCAACGGUUGCGGCGCCACAAAAGAGGAAAGCGGCGGCAACAAUCGGCCGGCGACGAGUGCGGCCGACGAGUCCAAUCUCGAGCGGUCAGGAUCCGAAGAAGAGGGCGAGGACAUUGAGGGGGCGGAGUUUGAGAGCAUGAGCGAAUCACCGGACGAGGAGACAUCCCAAGAUCGUGAAAUGAUCGACGACGGAAGUCAAGUCGAAGAGAAUCCAGUGAUUGCGCAAGGCAGGAUUCGCGCCGUCAUGGGCUCCGACUCCGAGUCGGACGUUUCCCAGCUGCUGGGCCGCCGCCUCAAGCCGCGAGCGCCGGGGCGGGCGACUAAAGCAUUCCGAACGAGGCGCCGACCCGUUUCUUCGCCCCCACCGUCGAAGUCAUCUGCCAAGGAAGGCAGCCCUUCCCGGUGCUCCGGCUCUGCCGCAAGCGACGGGAAAUGGGCGUGGCCCCAGGCUGAUCAGGCUGGGCUCGUGCCCACCGCAAUGGAAACGGAUUCUGAAUUCGACGAGCUUCCCGCGCGCCUCAAGCGGCGGGUGUCUGAUGGGGCAGCCCGCUCUUGA